CACUGUGCAGUCCCCUCCUAACUUCAAGCACCAUGUCACCGAGCAGAGCCGGCUGUCGGACCGGAUGAGUCGCAGGUUGACACGAACCUACCAGCUGUACAGCCGCACCAGCGGGAAACACGUCCAGGUCCUGGCCAACAAGAGGGUCAACGCCAACGGAGACGACGGAGCAGUUCACGCUAAACUGGAGGUGGAGACAGACUCUUUUGGAAGUCGUAUUCGCAUUAAAGGGGUGAAGACAGGAUACUACAUAUGUAUGAACAAGAGGGGGAAGCUGAUCGGCAAGCGGAAAGGACGAGGCAAAGACUGCAUCUUCACCGAGAUUGUUCUGGAAAACAACUACACGGCGCUGCAGAACGCCAAGUACGAGGGCUGGUACAUGGCUUUCACACGCAAGGGCCGUCCGAGGAAGGCCUCCAAGACCAAGCAGCACCAGAGGGAGGCCCACUUCAUGAAGCGUCUACCCAGGGGGCACUUGCUGGGCGAAAGGAGACCGUUUGAUGUCCUUCCUCUCCGUGUCCCCGCGCACCCUUUGAGCAAGCGAACUAAACAUUCCCAUCACCAGCGCUCAGGGGGCCGCUGAGGACUGAAACCACUGAGGGAGAACUGUGGACGAACCAGCACAGAGAAACCACUACAAGGGAAAACAAGUGCUCUCAGAGAAAUUAACUUUUACAGUCAAGUGCCCAUACACUUUUUGCCUCAUUUUGUGACCUUUGUGUAAUUCUUUGUAACCAUUGACUAUCUAAUCUGCUAGUUAUUUCCAAUUCAGACAGACUUUAGGACAGAUUUUUACUUAUUAAAUGUGUGUGUGUGUGUGUGUGUGUGUGUGUGUGUGUGUGUUUCAAGUACAGAAGAGCUCAACAAUAUUGUCAUGAAUGAAAACCUGUGUGUUAGAACAAGCGCAGCAACAAAGAAUGCCUAAAAGGGAAAUAAGUUCAAUGAAGCUAGACACGGCAGCUAUCUGUGGAUUUUCUUGUGGUUACAGCAUCUGAGUCUCAGUUGACAUGCUAUCCUGCCUUUAGGAGGCCAUUCUGGAGAA